CAGCAACGUGGGUUAGCGUGAAGUAGGGCCAAAUUCAAUAUUAUGUGUGACCAGGGUGCCGACCUUCAAUUAAAAUGCAGAUUUCUAGCGUGAAUGAUGUGAAGAUUUAUAACUUAAGCCACGGGAAGUCUCUUCCAGAGUGGCUCUCAGAUCGAAAGAAGAGACAAUUACAAAAGAAAGAUGUCGACAUCCAGCGCAGAAUUGAACUCAUCCAAGACUUUGAGAUGCCUACUGUGUGCACCUCAAUCAAAGUGUCGAAGGAUGGGCAGUUCAUAUUAGCAGCAGGCACAUACAAACCCCGGGUUCGCUGCUAUGACACCUACCAGUUGUCCCUGAAGUUUGAGCGCUGCCUGGAUUCUGAUGUUGUCGCCUUUCACAUCCUGUCAGAUGACUACUCUAAGCUGGUUUUUCUACACUGUGAUCGAUAUGUGGAGUUCCACUCCCAGCAUGGACACUACUACAAGACACGUAUUCCAAAGUUUGGACGGGACUUUGCCUACCAUUAUCCAUCUAGUGACCUAUACUUUGUGGGGACAAGCUCAGAGAUUUACAGGCUAAAUCUGGAACAAGGGCGUUUCCUCAAUUCUCUUCAGACUGAUGCUGUGGAGCACAACGUGUGUGACAUCAACCCCGUCCAUCAUUUGUUGGCUACAGGAACCAUAGAAGGGAAGGUGGAAUGCUGGGAUCCUCGUGUCCGGAACCGAGUGGGCAUGCUGGACUGUGCCUUGAGCAGUGUAACCGAAGAUACAGAAGUUCAAGGUUUGCCUUCAGUCAGUGCCCUCAAGUUUAAUGGCUCUCUCAGCAUGGCAGUAGGCACAAGCACUGGGCAGGUGCUUCUGUAUGACCUGCGAUCCAGUCACCCCCUGUUUGUUAAAGACCAUUAUUACAACCUUCCCAUCAAGUCAAUCAACUUUCACGAGCAGCUGGACCUAGUUUUGUCUGCCGACUCAAAGAUCAUUAAGAUGUGGAACAAAGACACGGGUAAGGUGUUCUCCACCAUUGAACCUCAGACCAACAUCAACGAUGUGUGUGUCUACCCUCAUUCAGGUAUGUUGUUCACUGCCAAUGAGGAUCCCAAGAUGAACACAUUUUACAUUCCGGCUCUGGGCCCAGCUCCUCGGUGGUGUUCUUUUCUCGACAACCUGACAGAAGAGCUGGAAGAGAGCCCGGAGACCACCGUCUACGAUGACUACAAGUUUGUCACCCGGAAGGACCUGGAAAAUCUUGGUUUGUCUCACCUCAUUGGUUCGUCUCUCCUGAGAGCCUACAUGCAUGGCUUCUUCAUGGACAUCAGACUUUACCACAAGGUCAAAGCCAUGGCAAAUCCUUUUGCAUACGAAGAGUAUCGCAAAGAUAAGAUCCGCCAGAAGAUUGAAGAGUCCCGGACCCAGAGAGUCCAAGUUAAGAAGCUGCCUAAGGUGAACAAGGAACUGGCUCUCAAGCUGAUUGAGGAGGGAGAAGACGAAGCACAGCUGGCAUCCAGGAAAAAGAAGGGCAAGGGACAUCCCAGCAUCCUCGGAGAUGACCGCUUCCAGGUGAUGUUUGAGAACCCAGACUACCAGGUAAACGAGCAGAGCGAGGAAUUUCGUCUUCUCAAUCCUCUAGUGUCCAAGGUCAGCCAGAAGAGGAAGAAGAAGCUGCGCCUGCUUGCUCAGCAGGCUGCAGCCGCCGCUCAGCAGGCAGCUGAAGAGGAAGAAGAGGAGCCAGAGGGACGUGCCAGCUCUGAGGAAGAGGAGAGUUCGGAUGAUGACAAGAGCUGGGUGGAAGAGGUGAGGGAGCAGCGGCGGCUGCUGCGCCAGGAAGACUAUGACCGCCGGCGGCUGGAGAGGAAGCAGGCAGACCGCAAUACCAGCCUGCUGGCCCAGGAGCAGAACCCCAGGGAGAAGUCAGACCAGGUUCGCGGAAAGAAGACAAACCAGCCGCGCUUCUUCCAGAUCAAGGCCGGGGAGGAGUUCCGCAGCUUCGGCGACGUGGCCUGCAAGCAGAAGCUACAGAAGGCUUCUCUGGAGGACCGUCUGAAAUUGGAGGAGCACUCUGGGACCAGCAACAUGGCUGACACUGCUGUGGGCAGCAAACAGCUCACUUUCACCCUCAAAAAGUCCGACCAGCAGCGGAAGCAGCAGCAGGUGGAACGGGAGCACCAUGAGGAGCGGAGGAAGCUCAGGCGCUCCGCUGGACACCUGAGCAGCGGCAGGGGACGUGGGCGAGGCUGGGGCGGUGGCAGAGGAGGAAGAGGAGGAGGAAGAGGAAGGGGGCGCUAUUAAUGAGGGUGGCCUGAUCCUGACUGAAUGCUGCAAGCCAACCCAUUGCCUGUGUACUAGCUGAAUAAGGGGCAUGCGAGCGAUGCAACUCUUGCUUCGCUUCAAAGUUUCUACUUCCUUCAAGGUAUUCAGCUGUGGUAGAUGCUCUCAGGUGUUUCGCAGUGUUGAGUUUAGACUUUAUUGCCAGAUGAUUGGUCCAGAUGAAGAUUUUUCUGCAGGACUGGCAAAGGCUAAAGCUGAAAUCUAUCCAUGUUCAAUCCCAUCUUAAUAGUAGGUGGGCCAUGAAUUUAGCUGCUCCCUGUCACUUAACAACAUCAGUAAGAAAGUAUUGACUAUGUUGCUGCCAGGGAGCACAACAGAACAAAUACCAUUACCAAAGGACUCCGUGCACUUUGCAGUGCAUGUUUUAAGCAUGGGUGGCCUCAGUGAGAAUCCGAGAUGUGAAGAGCGGACUUGACAUGACUUGCCUUGUGUCUCUCAACUACAUAUUUUCUUAACAAAUGCAUAUUUUCUACUCAGUAUCAGUACCUACUGUUUCAGUUCAAUCCGGGUGUGUGUGUGUUUUCAUGCAUGCGUGCACAUGUUGACCGUCACAAUUUUUUUCAAUGUUAUUUUUACAGUUCAGCAUACACAGGAUGACGGUGUGUAAACGAUAAACUAAUGUAAUUGGAGUGACACUGUUUGUCUUCUGUUUUUAAUUCUGCUGGCAUGGUAUGAGACUCGGCAUUUUUAUGAAUUGUGACAUGAAAUGAUUUUGUGAAACUGACAAAAAGCUCAUUUCUGCAGAAGUUAUGUACAAAAAGUGUGUGACAUUCAUAUAGAGUAAGUAAGCACUUCUUGUUAAGAUGUUGUGUUCGCCUUAUAAAUGUUGCAAAUCGAGUUGCUGAUUUAUCAGCGCUGUCGUCACACAGUUCAUCUUGUGCAUGGGACAAUAGAAGGAGAUUCGAAAAUGUGCAGUUUUGCCACAACACAAUGCAACGGAUAUCUCAAGUUCUGAGGAAGCGCACAAUCGGCACGCUGAAUGCAGGAAUGUCCGUAAGACUUGUUGCCAGAGAAUUGAAUGUUAAUUUCUCUACCAUAAGCUGCCUCCAGCGUCACUUCAGAGAAUUUCACAGUACGUCCCAUCGGCCUCACACCCCCAGACCACGUGUAACAUACUCCAGCCCAGGACCUCCACAUCGGGACUCAUCACCUGACAGAAGACCAGUCACCUAAUUUGGUUUGCAUGACCGGAGAAUUUCCAUGCAAACUGUCAGAAACCUUCUCAGGAAAACUCAUCUGCGUCGUCGUCGUCUUCUGAGGUCUUGACCCAGCUGCAGUUGGACAUGUCUGUACCCCGGUGGUGUCUAAUAAACUCAUUCAUUGGACAGAUUUUUCUACUCUGCUCCGACUGUAGAAGUAUUUGAAAUGGUUGCAUUUUGUAUUUUUGUUCAGCAUAUAUGACUCAAACUCUUGAUUUAUUCUCCUGAUGAG